AUGGUGGCUCCCGACCGCACGCGCAUCGUGGAGUGGAUCAAUCGUACGUGGAAUGCCCUGCCUGCCGCCACAAUCAUUCAAGGGUUUCGUCGCACUAAACUACUCUACGACGACCUUGAUGUCCCCGAAGUUGAACAAGCCGAGUACAGCGACGACGAGUCAGUCAACACGUUCUCACGUGCAUUUAACAUGGUGCUCUCGUGA